AUGGCCAACAAAAUUGGCUGCAAUCUAAUGCUCGCGCUGCUCGCGCUGCUCGUCGUCGGCUGCGAUGCCGCCAUCGUCACGAGGCGCGGCUUCGCGCUGCUCGUCGUCGUCGGCUGCGAUGCCGCCAUCGUCACGAGGCGCGACUUCGUCGGCGGUGGCGCGGCGGCGGCGGCGGCGUCGCGUCCGACGGCGGCGUCGGCGGCCGUGGACGCGCGCGCGCCGCUCCUCGCGCGCGGCGGCCUCGCCGUGCCGAGGGUCGGCUUCGGCCUUUACAAGACGAAGCCCGAGGAGACGGCGGCGGCCGUCGCGCUCGCGCUCGAGGCCGGCGUGCGCCACUUCGACGCGGCCGCGGCCUACGGCAACGAGGCGGCGCUCGGCGAGGCGCUUCGCGGCGGCCCAAAGUGCUUCGUCGCGACCAAGGUCGCGCCCAGCCGCGGCGCGCGCGACGCGGUCAAAGCCGCCGCCGAUCGUCUAGGGUUCGCGCCGGACUGCGUCUACGUGCACAGCCCCCUCGCGCCGAGGGCGGAGCGGCUCGCCGCGUACGAGCAGCUGCUGGACGCGCGGCGCGACGGCCUCUGCGGCGCCGUCGGCGUCGCGAAUUUUGGAGUGAGACACCUUGGCGAGCUACCCGAGCCGCCGGCGCUCGUCCAGCUCGAGCUGUCGCCCUACAACCAGCGGCGCGCCGAGGCCGCGUGGGCGACGAAGAACGGCGCGGUCGUCACGUGCGCGGCGUGGUCCAAGCUCUCCGGCGCCUACAACUGGGGCUCCGACGCCGCGUUCAAGGCGCUCAACGCGUGCUGCAAGGCGCACGCGGCGACGAAGGCCCAGGUCCUCGUGCGCUGGGCGGUCCAGCGCGGCUUCGCUCCGCUGCCGCGGUCGACGGCGGCCGACGCCGCGCAGCGCCUCGCCAUCGCGCAGAACGCGGCCGCGGGCGUCGAGGACGGCGACUUCUGGCGCGGGGGACCGCUCUCGCGGGCGGAGAUGAAGGCGCUCGACGCGCUCGAGGACCACCUCGCGAGCGGCAAGCUCGGCCGGACCGACGGCUGGACGGCCGACGACGUCGCGGGGCCGGGCUGGGACCCGACGACCUAUGUCGACGGGUAA